AUGUCUGGUGCAAAAGUUGGACGUUUCCAGGGCCUUCGACGUCGACUCUUUUCGGAGUCCAGCGUUGACAAGGAAUAUUUCAAAAAAAACAUUGAACAGCAGCCAGUCGAGGAUAUUACCCUUAACAUAUUUUAUCAGUCACGCUCAAUAACCAUCCUGGUUUUAAUAGUUGCCGCAUUAACAUGGGUCGCAUUCACGAGGUAGGUCUAUACCUAAUUUAUACAUAUUUUGUUGAAAGAUCUACUGACCAUCCCUUAGAGGAUGAUUUAUUCCAUGGCGCUCUUUGUGUUAUCGCAGUGUUCCUGAUUAUAUCCGUCAUGAUAAUGCCGAAUGGUAAGUUCACUUAUUUUCUGGUUUUGUUUUCAUCGCGAUAUUCGUCUAUUUUUCGUGGACCUUUACUGUUAACGUUCGUACGGACAGUUCAUCGCUUAUCGACUCACGGGCACUGACUUACGUGGAAUAAAGUAUCUUGACCAGGAAGUCUGUCUCCUUCGAAAGCUAUGUGUUCCAGGUCUGUCCGAAUUAAUUGGUAGUUGUAAGGUUAGCUAAAGACAUCGCAGUUUUUACACUAUAUGGAAGAGGCAUUUACUACAUGUACUUUCGAAUGUCCGAAAUUCAUUAAAGUUGCCGCAAACUAACCAAAAUUACUGCCUCACCCAUAUAGUCCUUCCCAAUCGAGAACGCAUCUCAGUAUUUUGGUUAACCUUACAUGGAGUUGUCCACCGACCCGAUGUAGUGAGACGCCUGUGAGCUCUCUUCGCGGGUGUAUGUAGGCUUAUGCAUUAAUGUUCUUGUAUUUUGUCAGCUGCAUUGAGGAUCAAACAUCAGAUCAAGCAUUCGCUUGAACUUGUGACCGAUAUUUUUUUCCUUGGGAAAAUAUCUCUCCAUUGACAGUCGGGAGACGCCAACUGUCCGCCUGUCUAGGUUACAAUGGGCGUUGGCAUCACUGCUAUCGCAUCUUUUGACAUUUAGUGUUACGCCCGUUCCUUGUGUUUUAGGACCGUUCACGCGGCCUCACCCCCUCGUUUGGCGCGUGGUUUUUGGCGCAAGCCUCCUCUACUUCCUCAGUAUUGUGUUCGUUCUGUUUUUGCGACUGGAGGACGCUCGCAAGAUACUAUUCUACCUGGACCCGGCGCUAAGGAAAAUGCGGCAUUCCGACAUACUAGACAAGGAGUAUGCGGUCAAUUGUAGUCAGGUAAUGUAACUCACUCCUAUAUCCGUUCGUUCACCCUUCCUCCUAACGUCCUCAUGUUUAUAAAUCUUCUCCCUCUAAAGCUUGUCGGCUUUCAUGCUUGUCUUGUAAAAUGCUGAAAGAAUUCCCCGGAUAUCUGUAUCGGGACAUUGCGCAUUCCAAACUCUUUUUCAAGAAGGACAUUACGUGAAUCCUUCUGACCGCAAUUACAAUCGUCUCCACUUUAGUUGUCCGAAACGUCAGAUGAAUGUAACGCGCAUGCAUAGCAAGUGAAGGACUAACAGGCUCAUCACAGCCUGACCGAUCCGAUGUUACCCUUAUUUUCAUGAAAUGCAACAGUAGCGACGGGAAUGUUGCCCGUAAUCCUGUAAGGCUUCGUAAAUCGUCCGGUAAAUCCUGGAACUUUACGUUUCUGUGCCGAAUGUGAAUAAAGACGUCCGCCUUUGAACCCAGGUCCUACCAACAAAUUUCUACACGAGGUCACUUCACGCAGCCUUGUCCAGCAAGCCAUAUCUUCACCGAAUUUUUUGACCAGUGGCACUGUAGUACGCGCGCUCGAGGGGGAUUUAUCCGGUAUGACUCAUGCGGAAUUGAGCGGUUUCCUGCUGAACAGCAGUAAUUUAUUGUUGGUUGGGAGCCUGCAGCCGUCAUGCAUGUGACUGUAUUGUCUGUACGGAUCUGCCUUCAAAUAUAUAUGGAUUUUGAUGGUUUUCCGACUGCAUCAGUGGAUGCUGACUAUAUAACCAGCCCUAUUUUCUCUCUUAAGGUGGAUCUCGCUCGGGUCUGGUCCCACAUGGACGUGUUCGCCUUCGGUCACUUCUUUGGUUGGUUGAUCAAAGCCAUCCUCCUGCGCCACUACUUUAUCCUGUGGACCCUGUCCAUCAACUGGGAGAUCACGGAGGUGAGCUCCAACCGGGGUUUCUAUAGCUGCUAUGUCUCCAUGUUUCCUUUGACCACAUCAGCUUUGAUAUCUUCCCUGAGGUCUGGGCCCAACCCUUUUUCCUCCGUCUCAGCACAAUAUGUCCAAAGCAGAAGAAACCGAUUUCACCUCCCUCCCCCGAUAGUGCGGCCACGAUAACUUGCGUGGAAAUUGUAUUAUAGCGUGAGAGACGUGCGCAACAUCAGCCUUAACACCACUCCGAAUCAAUGAGAUUGAGCACAAUGGUUGUCCGGGCACAAGGACCAUGUCUAAACGAUUGGUUUCUCACCACGAACUAGCCCCGCCUCCCACACACAAAGAUAUUCCAAGUGCCGUCGGCUGCCAGCAGAGGCAAUUAAUGGGAAUGUGACUGCUGCGAUCCACAAAGCAUUUUGGAUUUACAAAUGAGGAAUAUGUUUUAAGUUGGGUCAACGUGGAAUAAUUACGUCAUACACCAAAGCAUCUAAUGUGUCUGUCAGUCCACCAAGGUAACUACCCGUCCCCCUGGGCACGCUGCAUCCCCCAAUAGUUAGUCCGUCGCCAACGAUGAGGUCCACAGCCGUCCCACCAGGUUUGUUUAGUCCUCACGUGUUCGUAGAAUGACGGAUGUUCACUGCAUCCACCUCUUUCUAUAUUCCCGCACCCAUCGUCUUCCAAUGGCAAACUUAAGUUAGGACGACCUGAGGUGAGUGUGGGCGCAGUGGCUGACAAAACUGAACAGUCCAUCGACUUGUGCCUUCAUUCAGCCAACGACAACCCUGAUCACGAUUUGGGAUCGGAAAAACAAACGUGCAGACACACCUGGCGCGGCUGGUCAACCUCUGCGGUCUAUCAGAUGGGUCAUAAGCACCUCAUCGAGCCGAAGUUCACCAGUGCUUCGCCAUCUGUCACCCUCUACCUCCAGACUCUGUCGUCUUCCGUUUGCUAUCGGAGUUUGGCUGACUUCAGCCUGGUAGGUGGCUGCCUGUUCGUGACCCGGCAACUACCUUACGCACUCAGCUUCUACACCCUAAGGACAGGGUUGACUACCUCGAAAGAAAAGGUUUUGUCUACAAAAUCCCAUGUUCUAAUUGUGAUGCCGUUUAUUGCGGCCAAACUGGGAAAUCUGUGUCAACCCGUACACAUGAGCAUCAGUUAGCGGUGAAGAAACGCGAUCAUCUAUCCCAGGUGGCCAUGCACACACUGGACACUGGGCAUAAAUUCGCAUUGUUGACGCCUGCCCAACAAGGAAAGGCCGCGAAUUCCUGGAGGCAAUGCACUCAGAAAAGGCAUGCAUCAACCGGCAUAUCGAUUUAGAUGCCACAUACAAAAUCGUUAAGGACAGAUUCAAACUGACUCAACCAAUCGCGAGAUGAUCACCUUAACCAAUCAUAGAAUCCUUUUGCCGGACUCAGUCUAGAAGUUAAGCGUUUUUGCGCGCCCAUUGUCUGGAGACGAGCUGGGGAACCAGUCUCGAAAAUUCACAAUAAAAUUUUCCUGUUUCCCAAAGAACUUCACCUUUCGUGAGAAAGAUCGGUGAGCGCCCCCUACCAUUACUAGUGGUAUUUUCGUGCCCAAAUCCACGGUAAAAUCGGCCUCACUUUCGCUUUCUCGUCGACUAUGCACCAGUGAUGAGAUCGGACUCAAUGCCUGGUGUGACGUGAACGGCCCCGUUUGCGCAUGUCUUAUGCACUAAUGACAGUAGUUUAGGACCCCUUGACUUAACCAACGCGUGCCCUGAGUCAUCUGUCAUUUUUUGGUUCAACGCAGCAAGUACGGUUCUGCCUAUAAGGCGGUCCAACCAACUGCAGGAUGACAGGAAAGCAAAGCGAAAUAAUGCGAAAACCGGGUUGAUCGGGCGAGCAGAAGUGCUGGUUAAGCUGUCAGGCAGGUAUCAGACGAAGGAGAACCACUUGUUAUGCUUUCAUCUGAAGACAUCCUGUGCAAGGUUCUGGCUUAGUUGUAGGACAAUCUGCUGGGAGGUGCGUUGUCCGAUUUCCAGUUCAAGAUAUGUAGUAUUUUGUCUGUCUGAGAAACACUUCCUUCAACAAUGGGUUUUAAACACAAAUUGAGCUCAUUACUGUCUGGGCAACAUUUCUACCGAAUUCGCAUAAAACAUGUUUUAGUUGGUACUUUUCGCGCGGGAAUGACAUUCAUUGAAAAGGCGUUUCGCCUUUUUACAGCCGAAGGCAGCGACACUGAAGGCCGGUAAUCGAGAGGUUUGCUGGUGAAAAGUGAGGCUGGAAUGACCAUCCUUGGACUUCUUGCUGUUGUUAGUAAAUCACAAGGCCAUUUCUGAGUCGAUAUUUAAACCUGAUCUGUAGACCUUUACAUUUGGGCCACUUCGUUCCCUUAUUUUUGUGUCUUUAAGUCCAUUACUCGUUCGCUGUCAAUCUUUAUGGAGCCGUCCCUGCGCAUGCUCUAGUACUAAAUUCGAAAGUAGAGGGUUUAACGCACAUGUGAUCAGAAUAGAUUGAUGAUGCUUAUGUUCACUCGCCGAUCUCAGCCGACAGAGCGUAGUCUAGCCGUAAGGAACCGGGGGUGGGGGACGGGGGAGGGAGGGGUUGAAAAAUCCCGAGUUCAUGUUGUCACCAAACCUCUCCUUCAAUGACUGUCUUAGUUAAACUCCAAACACCAUGGAAAAUAAACCCAGUUCCACAAAAUAGGCUUGUUUUUAAACGGUGUCUAGCACAGUUCAGACGUGUGUUAGAGACUGAUGUUAGAGACCGAUGAUGAAGUGAGCACGCGUGUGCCCUCAUGCUGCACACCCGUACCAUAUUUGCCUUGGAUUGGAGAGUCAAGUUCACCUUAUAUCUCACCUUUGUGACUGUCGUCUGCAACGAGGUUCAUGGCAGUACACCUGCUUGGUAGUCCUUCAUCGACUGUCUGGCGCACCAAUCCUUAAUUACCUGCGAGGUUGGCAUCCGCUCUGGCGGAUUAGAGGGGAUAAUCGAACACGCUCAUCUAGAACGGUAAGGCGCGACAUAACAGUCUUCCUUCGUCCUCUUUAACCAAAGUUGUCGCAGUAUGUGAGUAUAUUUACCACGCAAACCGGACCACGCACUAGAUGCGCUGAAUCAAAACGGGGACUAGAUUGGAGUCCGAUAGACGUUAUCGAGAAUACGGACAACAUUUGGGGUGCGGUGGCAGGCCCAGUUGCUGCCUUACGCCACGCCAAUGAGGAUCGCCCAUAUUUGUUGCUAUUGAAAAUCCUGGGCAAGUGUUUUUUGUGGACCAGUGAUGUGGUGAUACGCCUAGGUGCGUGUUUACGCCGUGCCCGCCACCUGCGACCUCUCCCGCCUACGGUCUUCUUGACUCGGUCAUGACACCGGAUCCAGGUGGGGAGGAGGAGAGGGCCCGGUGGAUGCUGCGCAAGUCUACCAUCACUAUAAACUAGUCUACGCACAAGUCACCGUUUCUGCUCUCACCCUGCUUUGGAGCACACGGUGAACAUCGUGGCAACCAACGAUCGAACUGUCAUAUGAGUGCAAAUCGUUUUAAAUAGGUAUGUGCGGGCAACUGCGACAGUCCGAGGUCAAAUGACCACCUUAGCCAGGCGUAAGUUUGACAGAUUUUGCCAGCGUCCACAUGCGCGUUAGUAAUUUCGCCGUUACGGCAAGGCUGGGGAUGUCUGACCGGGUCCGUCCGAAUCCCCUAAUGUACGUGAACAGUGUCGGCAUAUGGGUAGGCCCAGAUUCGUCUCGCCUCUUCACCUUUCUCUUCAUAUCCCUUGGUGUCCUAUAUUCUCUUUCGUUCGGGGUUUGCUGCCCCGGAUUUCACAGUAGACUGUCGAGUGCGUCGAUUCUGCCCGAGUAUCUGUAUAUUUUUGAAUGAUUUGAAAUCAUCUAUGUGGAACUACUGCAGUUUCUUUUUGUUCCCAUUGAUUUCGAGUUUCUUUAGGAACACCAAUGUAAGGCAGUACUUUGACAGGAACUAUUCUGUCCUCAAAUCGGCACCAUCCUUUGAAUCACCGACGUAGGUCGUGGGCCAUGGCCGUCACCAAUCAGGCCUUUGACAACCGACGUCUUAAUCGUACCCUCUGCUCGAUUUUACCGAAUGCCACCUCAGUAGACGAGUUCCAAUCAUCUUCGAAAAGACUCAAAAUAUAGGAAGCAACGAGGCGGUUAAGUUUCAGAACGACACUGAGACGCUUGUGCGGGAUACAGGUGUGACUAGGGUAUACUUCAAACCAGUUGUUUACAGGUGAUAAUUGCGACUAUGCGUCUAUCUCUUCACACCUUGACCGCUUAAUUGCGGCCUGAGCACUAACUCCACGCGCAGCAUUAUGCUAACGUUGCUGUUUUCUCAUCUUUCCAUGUGACGGGCUUAGCGGGUGUUGACGAGCGUAAUCAGCACUCAGCAGUGGCGGUUACCUUCAAUCUAUCAACUAGUUACACUCCAGAAGCUAAGACUCCAAGUUCGCGCAUUACUUCCUUCGGAAAUUAAACAAAGCAGGGUAAAACUGGACUUCACAUACCAGAAAGCACACGGGGAAGGCUGGGGGACCCACUGAUGGAUCAAACCUCUCGCAGCUGCGUCAGGCAGCGGCACAAGAUUGGCGAAACACGCGUGUCGGGGCUUUUAGCUAGUACCUGUCAUGCUGACUAAUGACCUAUUAGCUCUUUCAACUUAUCUGGAUGCUACAGAACGCAGUCUUUUAACAGACGCCACUGAGACAGCCAUGAAUAAAUAAACAAGUCGUUUUAUUUAGCACCCAUAUGGGUAUCGUCAUGGUAAGUAAACAUAUAUUUUGGGUAAAUUUUAGCACGAGUAGCAAACACUGUACAGUGUUCAUUUUGUGCUCAUAAACUAGGCAGUCUAAUUUGAAUGACGGUUAGUGAACGGUAAAAACUCCCUAAAAUGUGGUUAAAAAAGACAAAAUGGAUGCGAUUCGAUUAGUUUUUAAGGAGAAGAAAGGACUGUCGCACAUGGAAAUGUAAAUUUGCAUGUAAGACGGGGCUGCCAUGCAGGUGAGAGUAUAUAAGGGUUCCAAAGGUUCUACGACGAGGUGGAAUUCCUAAACCGGAUAAGUCUGUUCGUCACAAAUACGAUCUUAAUAUUUUUCGGAUGACAGCAGAAGCAACAGCCAAGGCGGCGAGGCAGAAGAAACCCACCGUGAUUGCUCAGGGUCCGCCCAAAGUCCAAGCGAGAGCCAUUAAAGCACGAGGAGAUGCGACCAUGAUACUUCGUUGUUGAUCGACCAAACUACUAGCAGGUGGCAAAAACAGAGGAAUCCAUUGUGAUCGUCUUGGGGUCAAAAUGAGAUGAUACUAAAAACUGCUAAAAUUAUCUUUGCAGGGGAGAAGUAAUAGCAGUGAAUAUGGUAUCUAAUAAAAGACAGCUUAUAAGAAUCCAAGUGACAGUUUUCAUUUGAACCAGCCAAGCAUGUUAUUUUCUGCCAUUAAGUCCCAGGAGGGCCCUUUUCCAGGUCUAGAAAUUGAGUGUUUGAGGACGAAGCGCUCAAUAAUGACGUUAUGCCUUCCGAGAUAAGAUGCUUAUGUAAUAUUGAUCUGGAUGCCGAUAGUUUCGCUGAUGACCUGAUUUCUAGUGAAAGAAUAUUCCAACAGUAGGCAUACUGGGAUGCACAAAAGAGGGACCGUUUAGAGGCAGAGCAUGGCGGAAUACCCAUGUAGGCUUUAUUUGCCAGGUUCUUCGUAGCAGCGGCUCACGCUCCCCAAUACUGUCUUUUUAGCAUGCCAUCUCUUGUCCUCGGUUCAUUUUCUCUUCCUAAGCCUGCUGACAAUAACAAUUUCGUUUUUUCAGAGAUAUCUCCCGCCAGACUGACUUUUCGUCACUCACACCUUAAAUUGUUUAUCGCGAACCCGCUAAUCUCAAGUGCAACCUUGACCCUAUCUCUAGCCUUAAAUCGGACUGUAAUCCCAACCUUCGUCUUAGUCGUAGCUUCAGUCAUAACCGUAACCACUGCAAGCGAAAUCUCGGCGCGUUCUGGCGGGAAGUUCCACUAAGCCAGUCAGUCAUCCUCGUCCUCUGAUUCGUUGUGCUGCUGUUGUGGUUGGUUAAAAUCCUGGUCAAAUAUUUGUAACGAACCAGGGGGUGUUGAGUGGAGCGCCACGGUACAGGCUCGACCGCGCCAUCCAUAUUUGCCCUUCCCCGGCUUCCGGUCUUCUUGACUCUGUCCUGACACCGGACUCGGUUGGGGAGGAGAGAAUGCGGUAGAUGCAGCGAAUGUCUACACUCACUAUGCUCAAGUCACCGUGCCUGCUUCACUUUUCUGUAAAGCACGCGAUGAACAUCGUCGGUUUCGAUGGUCGAACUGUCAAGUGUCGUGCGAACACCUUAAAAUGAACACUAUUCUUUCUUCCAAGGAAAUGGACGCUUCGUUGUACUAGAAUGUCGAUCCUGCCUGUGGCACAAACUUCGCGGUCAAGAGCACUCUGUAACAAUCGAGUUAGCAGUUCAUAGUGAAGCCACCUUGAAUGAGAUCAUCCACCCAUCUAAGUGGUUUUCACUUUGUUUUUAUUGCAGCUGACUUUGUGAUUAGUAUUCAUGUGUCUGGCGGCACUCAUAGGGGCCUAGACUUUAAAUAACCAUCUUGGUGUUCUGGGUUUGUACCUACCCUCUACCCCAGGCUGCAAUGAUAAAAGGUGUUUAUUCGUAACGGAUUUUCUGUUUGACAAACCUGUCGAACCGUAAUCUGAAUGGAUUUAAAUGAUAUGAGAUACAACACCAUAAUGAUGCUCAGAAAGAAGACUUUGCAGACCAAAGUCGUGCAAGUGAAAUGACUACAAAUAUUUUGGAAAAAAACCCAGGUGCUCGAGAGGUAUCAGCCGUCAGGAGGGGCGGGUUGAUUGUCGUAUCGAAUACAUGAGAUAAGUAAUGCCAAACGAUUUUGUGCCCUUGGCAGAGUUGAAUAAUUCACUUGACGCAAUUGGGAAAAACUCGAAGACCUCGAUGGGAUUUCGCACCCAGUACAGUCAGGGUAAGGUUCAGUACAGUCAGCGCCCUAGCCACAUGAACUACUAGGUCCCGACCAUGGUCCAUGAGCCCAAUCCCAUUGGGGUCGAGUUACCCGCGCAGCCGACUAAAACGCAACGAAUCCACCGGUUCUGAUGCGGUAAGCUGACCGCUGACUGACGGACAGCUUUGGCUGCACACAGGCCGUGCCCUCGCCGUCGUGGGUUCGAAUCCCGCCGAGGCCGCGAAUUUUUCACAAGCAGGUUAAGGGAAUUCGUUUUGUGGCAGCUUGGGGGAAUUUGUCAGCGGCAGCUACAGUUACCAUUUUAAUAACAGCCUUCUUAAUGACCCAGGUCAGUGUGGCACACUUAAUUGCGUAUUCAGGAAAAUAACCAAGCGAAGCCAGAAGUUGCCAAAAGAAGUAAACAAUGCGCACAUAACCGUUCACCUGCUGAUGAGAAACACAGCAGAUUUCUGGAAUAAUGGGUGAAAUCAAGUCAAAAAGUAUGUGGUGACUGAGUUGGAAAAAAGCGCCAUACGGCAGGCUUCCUCCUUUUCGUACCCUAUGACAGUUCGACCGUGGAUUCCAACGAUGUCCAGUGUGUAUCCCACUCCCCACUUUCACCCGUCUGGGGCCGGUGUCAUGACAGAGUCAAGAAGACCGGAGCGACUGUAGCUGACGCCGCGUGGACUUGCACCUAGGCGUGCCACCACACCUCCUCCGUGUGUGACGUUUGUCAUAGCUGCACAUCCCCAAAUAACUCCUGCCGUGCCCUGAUCAGGCUCCCUUAUUGGCCUAGCGCGUCUACCGCGGAGCUCGUUUUUGGGGCGCUCACCGGUCGUUCUUACGGAUCUCACUCGUUCCGUUGUGCCUUACGGGCUCUCUCUCGAGCCCAACCAGCGGCCGCACAGCUGCGCAUUGUACAGGCGGAAUGGUAUUACAGACAAAGACAAGGGCGACUGGAAUGGCCAUUUCUGGCUGUCGUCAGCUAGUAAUAUCCAACCCGAAGUAUGGAACACCCGAGGCUCGAACUGGCGACCUAUUUGUUAGAAGUCAACGCCCCUAACCGCUGGGCCACAAGCCCGUUGUCCUGGCCAUUCCAGUCUCCCUUGUCUUUGUCAGUAAUAACAUACUGCAUUAUACUAUACACACCUGGCCAUACCUUUAAUAUUAGCGGUGCAUCUUGUGUGCUGAAGUCGACUGAGGUUGACCGGAAUGCCAUUUCUCUGUGCCGUAAUUUGGUCUUGUUAUUCACGCGGGCAUUCUCUGCAUAAAGUAAUUAACAGGGACAGUAAUAUGCGAUUGGUCAAAUAUUGGAUUUUCCCAAAAGGCAGUUGCCAGCGCAUGCCUUUUUUAACUACCAACUGUCUGUCUUCUCGAUUGCCCUACCAAAGGACGCCUUGUGGACCCCACGUCGGACGAUAAUAAUUUACUGUCCAGCCCCAGUUUGCCAUUCCUUAAUGUUUAUCUAAACUGCUGCACCAUUGACCGAAGGUCACCAGUACUUCAUGCGACCGAGCCGCACUUUACAAGUACAUUUCAAGAUUCGGUCAAGUGAAACCAAUAGGUGCGAAAUCCUAUUCUACACAGGUACGGUUACUGGAGCACACUUUCUUUUGAAGAAAUAUCCUCUCUUGUUCUCCGAGCCGGCCCUCUUUCUGUUCCCCCUUCCUUUUGGGCCAUAACACCGUGGCCGAUAACGUUUGCCAUAAUGAAGCGUUCAGAAUUUUACCUUUUGGUUAGUUUUUACACCCUUACAAUAUGUAUUUUUGCCUCAUCCCCAGAUUGCCUUCUCGCACAUUCUUCCCAACUUCCAAGAAUGCUGGUGGGACAGUAUCCUUCUCGACAUUCUGCUGUGCAACGGUUUGGGUAUUUGGGUGGGAAUGCUUUUUUGCAAGUGGUUUGAUGCCCGCAGCUACGAGUGGGAAUCAAUUCGGGAUAUUCGUUCUACUCGAGGAAAGCUCAAGCGUCUAGUCCUCCAGUUCACACCCGCGAGGUGAGUAUCCUUCAGGAUCGUUCUGUACUAUUGAUCGUAAUACAGUGUUGAUGCAUGUGUUUUUGUGUUCUUCUUUUCUAGUUGGACGCCGACCCACUGGCUGGAUCGCAGUUCUACGAUUAAACGAGCCCUUCAGCUGAGCAUAUUGAUAGUUUUCUGGCAGCUGGCUGAACUAAACGUAUUCUUCCUCAAGCACAUCUUUAUUGUGAAACCCGGCCACUGGCUUACCCAACUUCGUAUCGGCAUAAUCACGCUGUCCUCCGCACCGGCUAUUCGGUAUCUACCGUUGAUAACAUAACCUUGUUUACUUACAAAUUCGUAGUAGGCAUUCUGAUGCACAUUUUUAGACCGCCCGACGCUCUGUAAUCCAUGGCGUCUUUUUUUCUAGGCAGUUCUAUCAUUACGUCACCGAUGACCGGGUUACACGAGUCGGUUCUCAGAUGUGGAUAUUCACGUAUGUUGUUGUACUAACUCAAGCCCCCCAUCUCUCCCGUUUCGUCUGCCCUCCACUUCUACCCGACUUCAACAUUACUAUCCCCUUUCCAGCUCUACGCUACUUGUGGAAGCUCUGGUAUGCUUCAAACUUGGUCGCGAGGUGUUUGAACACACUAUAUUGUGGAACGUCGUGUACUGGUUAAUCUGGCUGGUAAGCGUGCCGAUAGCACAAUCACCUGUUUGCAUUUAGCCUUAAAUUUCAGUUUUUCAAUUCCUCCCGAAAAUAAUUGCUAGAUUGGAGUAAAUCAUUCGCAAUUAAGCGUCAUAAGCUCAGUUCUAAGGCUGGUAUGAAUAUUUAGGUCCAAACCGAUCAGCUACAGCGCAAUAAGCGUGUAGUACUUAUAAACUACCGACCGGCAGUAGUAUUUGCAUGUUUUAUGAUUUACCGUACGAACAGCACACAUGCUAGCCAAAAGUCCAGACACGUGUUUCGCCUAUGUUCCGCCGCUGCGAGAGGUUCGCCUUAUCAGUGGGUCCCCAGCGUUUCUCGUGUGCUUUCUGGUAGGCAUUCCAGUUUUAAAACGUCACCUGCGGGAUAUUGUAGGAGAAAUACGUGUCUGGACCCGUCAUAGCAGUAAGGUAAAUCAAAAGACAUGUGGUCUAAAAAUCUGCUCUCUAAUAAUUUGCUAAGACACGAAUUCUAACCAACAGCCAAGAUGCAGACAAUCGCCGAGACGUACAAUUUAUUCACUUAAACCGCAUCUUUUACGGCCAUCGGUGAUGGAGGCCCACUGAUCAGCCACUCGGGCGUGACCCAUCAGACAGCUUCUAGCGUUCUCUCCGAGUGCUCCGCGAUCGAUCAUCCUAACUUGGUCAGCAAAUAAUUAUCUCUCCAAUUACAGUCAUCCGCAAUGCAUAUUCAACUAUCAGCGACUUAAUCGUCUCCUGUCGGUCGCUGGGCCUCGGUAGGCAUAGCGAACUCGUCCUGUGGAUACUUCCUCUUCUGUGUGUUUGUGUCCUCGUGAAUUCAGGGCGUCAUAAGAGUAAAGCUUGCCUCCCGCCAAGUUAGUCUAUGCUCCUCCUACAGUCUUCUUUUUUCUCCCACCAACCCCCCGUCCAGGUGAUCAGCAGUUUCCUGACUGUCUUUGCUAGCCUCUGGUUUGCGCAGAGAUUUGGAAAACCACAGCAUGCAGAGGAAGAAACCGCGUCUUCCAAGAUCCCCCUGAGUACGAUCUACCAACGGGAUACGGAGUCGGAUGACGAGGUUGUGAGUUCUGCCCCAAAGUUUUCUACUCUUUUUUUAGCAUGGGACAGAAUUAGGCGCAGAAGGACUUUCUUUCACAAAUGCCUAUUCUCGCAUGUAGUUGGGAUUUUCCAAAGUUUCCCAUUUACAUUCCUGUAGACGGUUUGAUUGCGUGCACACUGCUAUGCUUGCGGAGUGUAUUUUCUCUGUUUUCAUGGACACUUGCAGGCUGUUCGCCGCAGGGGAGACACCAGUCUGAAUGUGAACUCGGUGGACCUGCCUGCUCCUCCGGUCGUCAACAAGGAACGUCGGAAGGAUCAAUAG